AUGCGGUAAUAAAAUAAAGAGUAUUAAAUAGCCAAAAGAUUAAAAAAUGGAAGGCGACGGAGCUGAAAAUUCCAAAUCUUUUUCGGGUAUACCUGAAGCUGUUUUUGUAGAUAAUGUCGACGAAUUCAUGAAUUUACCGGAAAAUUCGGGCGGUGUUGACAAGGUUUUAAGGCAGUUGGAUGAGCAGCAUGGAAAAUAUAAAUUUAUGGAGUAUACAUUAAACACAAAGAGAAGGCGCUUGCGACAACAAAUACCAGACCUUGCAAGAUCAUUGGAUGUGAUUGAGAAAUUAAAGACACAAGAAGAGGAUCUUGAUACACAGUUUCUUCUUAGUGACCAAGUGUUUUUAAAGGCAAAUAUUAUGCCCACAAAGACUGUAUACCUGUGGCUGGGAGCUAAUGUGAUGUUAGAAUAUUCUUUAGAAGAUGCUGAGAAAUUAUUAACAACAAACAUGGCUACAGCAAAAAAAAAUCUAUCUUGUGUUGAACAUGAUUUAGAUUUUUUGAGAGAUCAAUGGACAACAACAGAAGUAAACAUGGCUCGAGUAUAUAACUGGGAUGUUAAGAAACGUCAAGCAGCAAAAGCCUCUAGUUAAUGUGACUAUCAAUAACAAUCAGUCCAUACUUAUUUAUGUAUCAAACUAAAGUUUGGCCUCAA